AUGUCACGGCCACAGCAGGUCACUCGGCCGCUAGUACAGACCUUGCGGCAAGCCACGGGCAGCACGACAGCAUGUUCCUCCCGUGCGCUCGCCAUCAGGUCGUUUUCUUCGACAUCGAGCCGAAAAGAUGAGACGAAGCCGCCGACAACAACGACGACGACAGGCGCUCCAGCAGAACCUAUACCUCAGGCCCUCAACCCGGCCGCCGGACAAGAGAAAACCCCAUGGGCAAAGUCUACCAUCAAGCAGGGAAAUGAGGAGGAUUUAUCACGAUUCCUGUCCGAGCAGCUCGGUUCCCGGCGGAGACGGGCUGCCCUAGCCACAACUGGCUCCGUUCCUUUCGAGCAAUUACCGUACCAAUGCUUUCAGGAGGCGCGUAAGAUUCUCGCCCAAGAUCGUGAGGAGAAAGUGGCCAAGAUUCUCGAGGCGAUGGCCUCGAUCAAGCGGUUGGAGAAGACCGACCCAAGCACCAACCGCGGGGGCAAGGCGUACUUGGAAAAAAGGAUUAAGAGUUUCAAAGACUACAUCGAGGAGCUCAAGAUCCUGGCGGAUAUCAAUGACCCGCUGGUGAAGAGGCGGUUUGAGGACGGCAAUGGCGACAUGUCCAAGCCGAUUUACCGGUAUCUUGCGCGCCGCAAGUGGCAGUCCAUGGAGCGCAAGAUUAUCAUGCAGCGUAUCGAGCAGUUCCACAUCGUGCCCGACCUCCUCCCCAAGUUUGAGCCCUCCAUGGCCGUCAAGAUGACAUUCCGCGGCUACAAGGCCAACCCGGGAGCCAUCCUCAACAGUCGGUACACCGAGACCCCCCCGACAUUACGCAUGCAGGUCUUUGACGAGGGCGAGCGCCUGUUCUCCAUCGUGGUCCUUGACGCCGACGUUCCCAAUGCCAAGACCGAUUCGUUCGAGAAGCGCCUCCACUACAUGGCGACCAACAUCCCUUGGGACCCAACCAAGGAACUCCUCCCUCUGACCCGGCUGACCGGCCCCAACAACAAUAGCACUCCAUCAACCACCCCCGACUCUUCCUCCUCACCCACACCCCCUCCCUCUCCAUCUUCCUCCCGCUCCCCAACCCCAGGCACGCUCGCCGUCCCCUGGCUCCCGGCCUUCUCCCAAAAAGGCGCCCCCUAUCACCGCCUAACCCUCUUCGUCCUCCAACACACCGACAACCUCCCACGCGACCCCACCGAGCUCCAAAAACUCUACGACGGCCAAGGGCGCGAGGGCUUCAGUCUCAAAAGCUUCCGCGACAAGUUCGACCUGGACCCGGUCGGCUUCACCAUGUUCCGGACGGUCUGGGACGAGAACACGGCCGAUCUCAUGGCGCGGCACAACAUCCCCGGAGCCGAAGUCGAGUUCAAGCCGCAGCGUGUGUACUCCCUCAAGCCGCCUCGUCGGGCCCGCGGUUGGGAAGCGCGUCGCCAGAAGCCCAAGUUCCGUCAUCUUUGGAAGUACACGAAGCGGAUCAAGGGUAUCAAGUACUAG